AUUGCGAUAAUACAGUUGAUUUCCAUAAGAGACGUUUGUAAGCCACUAAUAAUUAAAUAACAAGUAAUGGAAUCAAGGUGUAAUUAUUCGUAAAUUUUUAAUACAUGACAAAAUAAUAUCCAUUUUGUGUGGAACGUGUAAAUUGAAGAGAGAAGAAUCGGAAAUAAAAUUGAAGAUUUUGAGAUUGAAGAUUCUAACCUAAAUAUAAUCUUGCUUGACAAGUAUAUAAGUGGAUCACAUAAUGUGAUUUAAUACUUUUGUAUUUUGUCUCCAAAUUCUCACAAGUUUAUAACGUAAUUAGGUAUAUGUAUUAAUUAUAUUACAUACAUAAGACAUUGUUAGCUAGAAAGUUUUGCAAUGGCUGCGACAAGAGAAAAGCGAGCCAAUGCUGGCAAUAAAAUGGCAAGGCUGCUAAAUGAAGAAGAAGAAGAUGACUUUUACAAGACUACGUAUGGUGGCUUCGACGAAGUGGAACAAGAUCACGAUUAUAUGGAAGAAGAUGAAGGAGAAGAUGAAGUAGAUUCAGACUUUAGCAUCGAUGAGAAUGACGAGCCAGUUUCCGAUACCGAGCAAGAGGGCCCAAAAAAGAAACGUAGAUUAAUAACAAAGGCAUACAGGGAGCCCAAACCUGCUACAUUACAUGCACAAUCAACACCUAAGGAGAAGAAGAUAAAACAAACAAAACAAGAUAAGGUUUUCAUAGACAGCAUAGAAAGAAAAUCAAUACGCCGUUCUACUGCUGCAAAGUCUGCUGCUACACAAAAACGCUUGCGAGAAAGAAAUGAAGAUCAAAGACGAAAGAUAAAAGUUGUGAAACAUGAUAUAUGGAAACCUACCCAGGAAGAAUUACUAGAAGAAGCGUUGCAAACAGAAGAACUUAAUAUGAAAUCAUUAGAAAAAUAUCAGAAAUUAGAAAAUGAAAAAACUACGAGGACUGUAAGAAAAACGCAUGUUGGACCAAUGAUCAGAUAUCAAUCAUUGUCUAUGCCAAUCAUGAUAUUGUCUGAGAAAUCUACAGAUGAAGAUGAAAUAAAUGUCGAAUGUGAUGAUGAGGGAAAAGGAAAUUCUAAUAAUGCAAGUUCUGAUAAUAUUCCAAAAGAAGGAAGCGACGAAAAAGAUAAUAAAGAUAAAGAAGAGUCUAUAAUUAUUCUAUCUGAAUCUAUUAAAAAGAAGGAUAUUCAAGCUGAAGAAACUGGGACAUUUUACGAACGUACAUUUAUUACUUUUGAAAAUGAACAAUCGUAUUUAAACGUAUUUAAAAAAUCGACACAACAACGACCACCCUUGAAACAUCUAUGUGCAAUUACACGAUUACCUGCUAAGUAUCUGGAUCCUAUGACACAAUUACCAUACAAAAAUGUACAAACCUUCCGAUUACUUAGAGAAGCGUAUUAUCAGCAAUUGGAAGGACGGACUGAUCUUAAUGAUGCAUCUCCAGAAUUAUCACGAUGGCUCGAAUGGCGACAGAAAAAUCACAGUAACUCUCAGAGAAAUACUGUUCGUUUGGAAUCAGCAUCUCUACCUGUAUCUUCAUAAUCUUUUUUGCAUGUAAGUAGUGAUUUAGAAUAAAGAAUAAUCUGUUUUUAUUCUCGCGAUCAAAUGUAAAUUUAGAUAUAAGCUAUGUAUU